GUACCCAAAGUGUGUGUGUUGGCGACCACAUCAGUAGUGCGAGCGAUUUGACAAGUGCAAUGUUCCAAAGUCCACGACUUGUCCCUUUCUCUGCAAGAUACAACGCAACAUUAUUCACCCGUCCGCUCGCCUCAACCCGUCAUUCGACAACUACUGCGGUCAAUACAUCUCCUCGGCCGACGGCAAGGAUCGUUGAUCAUGGGUGAGAAAUGUGAUCAUCAGCAGCAGCAUCAACAGUUCCAAUACCGAGACGGGACGCUCUUCUGCGAAGAACUGAGCCUCAUCGAUCUCGCCGAACAGCUGCGGAACAGCGGAUGCCUCCACGAGUCCGAGGCUCCGGAAGAUGUCACCGACCUGGUGUUCGAGGAGGACCUCUCUCCCCCCACGCACGAGGGCUGCCCCCCACUCGAUCAGGAGUCCCUUGAGAGCGGCCGUGCGGCCGAUUGCCCCGACAGCCGCCAGUCGUCCGCAUCGUUCAGAGCUCCUUGCACGCCGUUUUUCGUCUACAGCCGCGCGCAAAUCGUGGAGAACGUGCGCGCCUACCAGCGAGCGCUGAGCGCCAGCGGAUUUCGAGCGACCCUCAACUACUCGGUGAAGGCCAACGGAAACCCGCAUCUGCUCAAGGUCAUAAGCUCCCUGGGCUGUGGAGCCACGGCCGUGAGCGGCAACGAGAUCCGCCUGGCGCUGCUGUCGGGGUUCGAGCCACGGCGCAUCCUGCUCAACGGCAACGGCAAGAGGCGCGACGAGAUCGCCUUCGCCGUCGCCCGCGGCUGCUCGCUCAACGUCGACUCGCUGUUCGACGCGCGCAGAAUCGGUGACGUGGCCUCCUCGGUGACGGGCCCCGCGCCGCGCGUGCCCGUGCUGGUGCGAGUCAACCCGGACGUGGACCCCAGCGUCCACCCGUACGUCGCCACGGGCCUCGCCUCGUCCAAGUUCGGCGUGUCACGCGGCCCGUCUUUCGACGCCCUCCUCGACGCGGUGAGGACCAACCCGCGCCUGGAGCUCUGCGGCCUCCACUGCCACCUCGGCUCCACCGUGAGGGACCUGGGGGCCUUCAGGGCGGCGGUGGCCUUCGUGGCGCGUACGGCGACGGAGCUGCGCUCGGGGGGCGCUUUCCCGGCGCUGCGGGUGCUGAACUUCGGCGGCGGGCUGGACAUCGACUACCGACGCGACGGGACGAGCGCCGCACCGUCGCCCGACGAGCUGGUGGCGGCCGUGCGCGACGAGCUGCGUCUCUCGUGGCAGGGCGCUCCGGAGGACGUGGAGGUGGUGCUGGAGCCGGGCCGAUCCAUCGUGGGCGACGCCGCCGUGCUGGUGACGGAGGUGCUGGGCGUGAAAUCCGCCAGAGACAAGGAGUUCCUUGUUGUGGAUGCGGCGAUGACCGACGUGAUGCGGCCCAGCCUGUACGGGGCGCAUCACCAUGCGCAGCUUGUGCAGGACCCCCCGGGAGAGCCGAGCUACGCCAUCUUCGACGUGGUCGGCCCCGUGUGCGAGUCGGCCGACUUCCUCGCUCGGGACCGGCGCCUGCCGCGGCCUGACCUGGCACCGGGACCCGGUGGCGCCCGGCCGCAGCCGCCGCAGCCGCCGCUGCUGCUGGCGCUCUUCGACGUGGGCGCCUACUGCUCGUCCAUGGCCUCCAACUACAACGCGCGCACCCGCGCCGCCGAGCUGCUGGUGAGCGGAGCGCGCUGGAGGGUCGUGCGGCGCGCCGACUCGUUCCGCGACCUCGUCACUCCGUUCUCGGGGCUGCAGGGAUGCGGGGGGCUCCGGUCGUGAAAGCCGCAUCCCACCACCAAGUCGGCUAGUGGGACUACGUGCGCGCACGGGCCAACUUGACGCGGUCAUCAGAUUUUGUUGCCGCUGUCGCCGUUGUCUUCGCUGUCAUCAGCAGCGGCAUCAUCUUCGAUGGCGUCGUCAUUCUCGUCAUGAAUGGUGGGGUGGUGUCUGUGCAGUUUC